UAUUACACUGUUACUCAUGUAGGUAGUUGACUUGCUAUAGUUAUAACCUUUAAUUUGGUGUGAAGUCGUUCAAUGUUUGGUUAUGAUGCUGAGCCAAUUUAAUUGCUAUCUAUUUUAGAGAUGAGACGUUAAACCAAGGUCCUGGCUGACUGUGGUCAUUAAAAUCCUGUGACACUCUUCGCAAAGAGUAGGGAGUUCCCCGGUGUCCUGGCUAAAUUCCCAACCCUGGCUCUUUCAAACUGCCACCUAAUCAUCCCCUGAUUCAAUUGGAAAACACAUUGUUCUCUCCCCCUCCACCUGAGCUAGUGUGUGGUGAGUGUUUUGGCACAAAAUGGCAGCCGUGCAUCACCCAGACAUUUAAAGACAAACUCUAAGGAGCAUGGAUGCUAUUCAGGUAUUAUUAAAAGGGCGCUCCCCCUCUUCAUCAGACCAACCCAGCUUCAUAUUCCGGCAGAGGGCCAAGAAAAUCAGCCAGAACGAGGAGCCUGAAGAAGAGAGGGGUGAGGAAUCACAAGCAGAGGUGACUGUCGUUCGUCCAGACUCGGAGGACGACCUGAACCCAGGCCUAAGCACGGACGUUACUGCCCUGGUCCUACAAAAGCCCUCCGAUCGCAGGAAAGCUGUCUUCUUCCUCAUUCUCUUCUCACUCCUCAUCUUCACCACAGCAUUCCUGCUGGGUUAUGUGGCAUUCCGUGCAUCCUGCCACUACUGUGGGGAGGUGGAUGUAGAGCUGGUGCCAGCGGAGGACACAGGUGACUCAGGGGCCACCUGGGGGGGCAUGAUGUACCUGGGGGAGCUGAAGGACAUGCUGAGGAAGUACCUGAAAGAGGAGCAGAUUGAGAGCACGGUCAGACGUAUGAGCAGGUCGACCCAUCCACCGGGGUCCACAGAGGGGAACACACUCGCCAGUGAGAUCCUGCAGAAGUUUCGCCAGAUGCCUAUGGACCACACCUGGACAGACUCGCACUACGCUACUCUCCAGUUCCCAUCCAGGACCCAGAGAAACUCUCUGUGGAUAAUAGAUGCCAAUGAAGAGGUACUGGAGGAGAUCCCCUUGGGGAGUCCGCUGGAUUACUGCGCUUACAGUGGAACUGGCACAGCCACGGGCCGUUUGGUGUACCUGAAUUACGGACGGCAGGAGGACUUUGACCGGCUGCACGCCCUGGAUUUUCGCUUAGGGGGCGCUGUUGCGGUGGUACGAGUCGGAGGAGGCGUGAGCUUUGCGGAGAAGGUGUGGCACGCCCAACGUGCAGGGAUAGUAGGGGUGCUGAUUUACCCCGACCCUGCUGAUAUCCCCCAAGAUCCCCGCAGAAUGGGCCUCCAUGGCAGUGCGGCCAUCUCUGAACAUGUACACCUGGGUUCAGGUGACCCUUUCACUCCGGGCUUCCCCUCCUUUAACCACACCCAGUUCCCACCCACACAGUCCUCAGGCCUGCCACUCAUUCUAGCACAACCAAUAAGUGCCUACGUAGCCUCCCAACUGUUGAGUCAGCUGACGGGCCCGGAGUGCCCGCGGGGCUGGCAGGGCCGGCUGCCCUAUGUUCGCUGCGCACUGGGGCCGGAGCUCAGCUCGGGCAGCGGCCGCAGGGUGAGGAUGGGCGUCUACAACACCAUGAAGCCCGUGCUGCUUAAUAACAUCUUCGCCUCUAUUGAGGGCAAGAUUGAGCCGGAUCAGUACAUAAUCAUGGGUGCCCAGCGAGACUCCUGGGGGCCUGGCGCUGUGAAGGCGGGGGUGGGCACUGCCAUCCUGCUCGAGCUGGCCCGCACCUUCAGCACAAUGGUGGACAAUGGAUUCUACCCCAGAAGGAGUUUGCUGUUUGUCAGCUGGGAUGCAGGGGACUUUGGCAGUGUGGGGGCCACUGAGUGGUUGGAGGGUUAUCUCACUAUGCUGCACCUUAAAGCUGUGGCCUAUUUCAGUUUGGACAUGGCUAUUCUGGGUGAUGACAAUCUCCACGCGUACACCAGCCCAUUGCUGGCAGAUCUCAUCGAGACAGUCAUAAAGCAGGUAGAGCACCCAAAGCACUCGGGUCAGACCAUCUAUGCACACACAGAGAGCCUGGGCGGUAACUGGAAGACCCAGAUAGUGAAGCCGAUGUUUCUGAACAGCGGCGCCUACAGUUUCACAGCCUUCGGCGGGGUCCCAGCUAUGGAGCUUCGCUUUACCAAGGAAAGCCGUCCGUACCCCUUCGUGAACACGCAGUUCGACACGGCCGACCGCCUGCAGGAGAUGCUGCAGGGGCGUCUGGGGGCGCUGGGGCGCAGCUUAGGGGAGCUGGUGGGCCUGAUGGUGCUGCGGCUGGCCCACGAUCACAUCCUGCCCCUGGACAUCACCUGCUACAGCAGCACCGCCCUGCACUUCAGCUCCCAGCUCAACAAGUACUCCAGUGAGCUGAAGGUCAGAGGUAUCUCUCCCCAGUGGGUCUUCAGUGCGCGCGGGGAUUAUAACCGUGCAGCCGAAUCUCUGCGGGAGGCCAUAAUGAACAGCGACAUCCGGGACGAGAGGGUGACUCGGCUCUACAACACACGCAUCAUGCGGGUGGAAUAUUACUUCCUGUCGCAGUACGUGUCCGCGGUGGAGACGCCCUUCCGGCACGUUCUGCACGGCCGAGGAGAUCACACGCUCGCCGCUCUCACGGAGCACCUGGCCCUGCUGCGCUCCGACCCGCGUCUCUUCGACGAGGCGCGCUUCCGUCGGCAGCUGGCCCUGCUCACCUGGACGCUGCAGGGAGCCGCCAACGCUCUGAGCGGGGACGUGUGGAACAUCGACAACUCCUUCUAGAUCCGCCGCCCCGGCCCUGACCGCCGGGGCUGACCGCCGGGGCUGACCGCUCACCUGUUUACUCCCCUCCGUUUUCCUCCAGAAUUCCACCAGCGUGUAACAUGAGUGUCCAACGCAGGGGCAGAUAUACUGCAUGUGAGAGUUAUUGCCUAAGUAGCACAGGGCCUCAUUUAUAAAGAGAUUUAUAAACAUUCUUCAUUGUGCAAAGUUUGAAGCGCACCCAAGGGAUUUUCUGAAACGUAUUUCAGAAAAUGUCCACCACUGUUGCAACAAUCAAGCGAGUAUUACAUUUGGGUUUAUAAAAAACAAAAAACAAUUAAGCUACACCCAGGGAAAGAGUUUGGGUAGAACAGAAAUUGAGGUUGUAUGGGCCCAAACAGCCACCAUAACCCCGUCCCCUAACACAUUCCCUGGAUAUUUUUUUUUUUCAUUGAGAAAAACCCUGGGUGUUCUUCAAGACAGCAAAAACAGCAAACCGCGAGCUAUUCAAAAACAGCUGUUGUAUUUUCAACAUUGUUUCGUGUUGUCCAGGAUUUGUUUAGAGGAUAGACAAGAUGGAUAAUCAUUGACAUGACAUGACAUAGAACUCAUUCACUUUGACUGGUGCAGUGACUGACGUGCGGCCUCACCUCUGGCUGUCUCUCCCACUGUGGGUUAGUGUUGAACACACAGUGUACAUUGCAUUGUGUUCUUUUUCAGGUCUUUGAAUGAAAAGGUCUUUGUCCUUAUUUUCAGCUUCAUCUGGCAGGGGCAGCAGCACGAUCCUUCUGAAAGUGCUUUCUUAAUUAAACUAAUUCUCAGUAACAGUGAUUCAUACAAAUUCUUUUUUAUUGCCAAGUGAUAAUAACGUUACGUUACCAAUGUAGGCAAUAAUUAUCGGGAGCAGUGCCUCCCAUAAUUAUGACAGUCAUACUGUCGUCCAAUCAAAAAGCAGCAUCUGCUAUUAAUCAGUCUAUGAUGUCCGAGGAGGUCAGGUAGUGUGUAAUGAUGUCACAGAAAUACAUUGGGCUUCAAAGCUUGGUCAGCAAAGCCCAUGUGUAUAUUCUACAGUUUUUCACAAACAUGGCUUGCUCUGUAUAUAUUAGGCUCAUUAUAUUAAAUAUUAACAGCUUCCAGUUGUCCAACAUAGUUCGGCCUUCAAACCCAUGCCCCCUGCUAGCAUGGAGGAGGGUAGUCAUCCUGCAGUUUUUGUGACAUCAUUCUCUUCCAUUUCUAUUUUACUUCCAGUGUCCUUUGACCUCUGACCUCUAUCUGCCCUCUGACAUCACUGGGCACUGCCUUGCCAGUGUUAUUGGAAACCAGUAGCACAUUUAAAACUUUUCACUUAAGAUCAGAGCACUGUAUUAUCGGGAACAGUGAUUCCCAUAAUUUAAUACCUCUUUACUUUAUUGUAUUAUUGUGAUUCAAUUGAUUUAUUAAUUAUUGAGAAUUUCUGAUGUUCUGAUGUUGUAAUAUUGUCAAUGUUAUGAUUAGUAUUACAUAGUUCUAUAAAUGGGCUAUUUGACAAAGAAGUGUGUUGUUGGAGAGAAUUGAUAUAAUAAGAGGUUAAAAAACACUUUAUGUUUAGUCUUAGAGAUGUCACUACAUACCAUAAAAUCAUAAACCAGAUUAAAUUCAUCUGUCAUUCCACCUUCUUCCUAUAUAUGUACCAUCAGUAAGGAAAAUCUACAAUACAAUAAUCAUGUGAUACAUUUAAUUAGCUGUUCAUUUGUGCUCUACACUAGCCGUAAUCAACUUUUUUGUACCGGUACUCAAAGUAACAGGAUUUCAAACAAUUUGGAGCUUGAAACUGCUCAUUUUAUGCUUCUCAUUCAGUUGUCAUUCAGAUGGUAAUGAUGUGAAAGACUCAUUCUCUUUAGCUGUAGUGUGACAUUGCAUAAUUAGAAUGAAAUAAUAUCCUAGAAAUGCCAUCUCGAAAGAAUAAUGAAGAUGUGGUGGGAAUAUUGAGGCUUCAAAUCCAUUUGUGGGUGUAAUUUUCACAUUUAAAUUAAUAAUUGAUUGCAUUCAUCUUUGCAUUAUUGAUUCAUCCGAACCAAUCGGGAUAGUUUUCUGUCAUCAUCCGAAGACUCCCUGAACUGCUGAAAGCCCAUGUUGAAUAUAACCUUUAUGGGGGUUAUACCAAAAAAACACAGAGUACUUUUCUCUUCAUCUCUCUCUCUCCUUCCAUCAGACAUCUUGCUUCUUCUUGUUUGUCAAUUAUUUUAAUCUUUCAUUCUCUUAUUACUUCAUAAUAUUUAUAUUGGUUGCUUUCCACUUUUAUUUUUCUGUCAGUAGUUUUCUUUGCCAUCCCCAAUUACCUUCUGUCCAAAUUUGGUCGGGGAUUUGUGGAUGUAUCGAACUGCAAACAUAUUUGGAGUACAUUGUGAUUAUAUUUGAUCAUAUUUUAAGUAUAUUUCAACAUGAUUACCUUCAAAAUGAACAUUCCUCAUGUUUUCAGUGUACCGUGCUAAUGUGCUGUUCUUUAAAACCACUUUGAAUAAAGCUUUUCAGAGGUAUUCAUUCCUCUGCUGACUUCCAA